AACAAACUUUGUACGGGGCACAGACUCGAGCAGUCAACUGUGCGGCCGCGGUGCGACUGCGUGCUGCCCAGGCAGCCCCAAAGCCGCGCAAAACCUGCCGAGGCAGCCCGGCAUACCCGUCGCGCGGUCGCGCAGCGCGAUUGGCACCAAAAACGGAAAAAUAACCAGAGGACACAAUGGACCAGCAAAGCCACGCGUCCGAGCCGAGCGCCCUGGGCAGCCAGGACUCGGUGACGGCUUUUGAAGACAACGACGUCUGCGAGGGCGACGAGAGCAUGGGCAGCUGGACCGUCGACGACGACCCGCCCUCCAAAAAAAGUGCGACGCGGCCGUCGGGCAUGGCUGAUUUAGCGCUCGAGUUGAGCACGUGGCCCUUCGCCGUUCACAACACUCUCGAGAAGCGCCGGGCGCGCGCGGCGCAGCCCAAUCAUGAAGCGUGGUGGACGCGCCAGCAUUCUGAGAGGAGGCGGCCGACGGGCGCCGUCUGGGCCGCGCGCCACCGCGGCGUCGACGCGCUCGCGACGGCGUUAUCUGACGCUAUUAGAGCGCUCGGGCCGCUCGCCUUAACUCGUGUUAGAGGAAAAUACGAGGUGAGCGAGGAGGGCGUCGCGCUGACGACGCUAUUGAGCGACGACGAGCGCCAUCACAAGAGCUUUUGUCGAAGCACGAACGAGGCGACGGCGCACGCCCUCGAUGGUUUAUCAGAGAGCUGCGGCGGCCCUACGACGCUACUGAAUGUUCGCACGCCACCGGGACGGAGCCUCGCGGCGCAGUGCCUCGUCAACGCCCUGCGGCCCGACGUGCCGCUCUCGACGAACGCUAGAUUAGCGUGGCUCCACGCGGCACUACCGCUGUGCGUCCGCUCAUCAAAUGAAGACGAGUGGCCCCUGACCUGCGCGGCGCGCCAUGCUAUUGGAAGGCUGGUCUCCGACGCAUCAUGCUCGAUAAAAGGGUCGCCCCUACCACGCUGGUGGGACGCCGACGACGCGGCCGUGCGUGGGUCGAAGAACCGCGCGGACCGCUUCGCGGCGUACUGGUACGCGCUGCGGUCCGACAUACUAAGGGCCCAUAGAGCUUGCCGGCGGGCGACGCCCGGAUUUGUUGAGCUAGAUCAAGUGUCGAUAAUAGAGGAGGCCCUCGACGGGCGGAUCGACAUGAACAUAAAGACGGUGUCGUCGGACGGUGGUUUACGGAGAGCGUUAUUUACAGAUACGAGUUUGGUGAACAUGCUCGGGUCCCUCAAAUGCAUUCUGGGCGGCAGGGACGGCCGCAGCCGCCAGGCGGACAUGUUCCUCGCACCUCCGACUUAUUUAACAAAGGCCGUGCAGCAGUGGCAUACCAAUCAACCACAUGUGCGCGCUUCGUUGAUCUUCGGGGACCUGUCCUCAUCCUUCUGGACGGCCGGCGAUAGUCAAGGUGAUAUUGCGUUGGGAUUCGGCCCCGGCUCGCGGCUUCUCUGCCACUUGAUAGCGAAGGACGCGGCGGCGGCCGCUCAUACUCUCAGUGAGGUCGUCAAGUCCACGCCCUCGCAUGGGUUGGCGACGGCGGCCGCCCUCAUUGCCGCUGCGUUGGAAGGUUCCGGCAAGGAACGGGUUCAUAGGCGGUGCCCCUCGGCCUUGGCGCUCCAUCUAUCGAGGAAAGAUGAGGUGCCCAACACUCAAACGUGGUCUGUCAGUAAAGUGGCCGCCUGGUGCGCUUGUGUUGUGGAAGGGUCCUCUCUUGGUGGGAAAGCGCAGCUGGCACGCGCCACGGAAAAAGCGAUUCGCGACCAGUUCGGACUAUUGGGAGACGGCUUGAUGCACGGCCAGCGGCAAAAACUGCUGGAGGCGGUGCCGCAGCGGGCGCGGCGCGUCAUCGAAGCGGAGCUUUUUGCGAUCGACGACGCGGACCGCGUCCCAAAUUUACCGGAAGCGCGGCAAAGUAUAAGGGAGGCGCUGCGCGCGGGGCCGCUCUCAUUGUUAAUUGAAGCCUGCCUGAAGCAACUCAUAGCCCUCGAGGACGACAAGGCGUGGGCCGCGCCGAGAACAAUGACAGACGAAGCCAGUGAAUCGUGGCGGACAAUAGGCGAGGUGGCCGUGGCGGCCGCAUUCAUCUUAAAGGGCGCGUCGCCGGAGGAACGUGCGAGCUUCGCGUCGUCGGCUCGAAAGCUCUUCGACGCCUACCUCGCGGCCGCAGACGCGGCGCGCGCGCGCUGCGAUUCCGAACGGGAGACGUCGCUGACGUCAAAUGAUGAUGACGAAGGGAAACUGCUGGGCGUGGCGGCCCAGACCUCUGAUAUGACAAAAAGCAUGAGACCUUCCGUAGACCGGCUGGCGUCCGCGCUGCCGUCCUUCUCCGUGUUUUUACUGGCGACGGAAGUCCUGCAAGGCCCUCCACUCCUAGAUGACGAUGAUGUGGAUGACGCCAAGGGCGCCAGGGACGCGGCGGCUUGUGUGUGUGCGCUCUGUCUGGAGUCUGUCGACGGCGCCGUGAGCUCGUGGCUAAGGGAGCUGGCGGGCACGGACGACGACCUGCUUUCAGGAAAACAGUGCGGCGCGGGCGAGGCGGCGCGAUGUCAUGGAGACUACGCCGUCUCUCCACUAUCGCAAGCGCCGACUAAAAUGAUGCGCGCGUCCCUGGGAUUCGAGAACCGGUGGCCCUUCACGGCGCACGAUGAUCCCUUCGUACGCCCUUUACACGAUCUGCACGAGGCGUGUCUGAGGGAUUCAUCACUGGAGAAGUGGCUCGGCGAGAGCAUUCCGUGCGUGACCGCGGUGCGGUUGCGGUGUCCCGAGGUGUUAAGAAGAAGACCCUGGGCUUCGGAUAGACCGUGGUGCGCCUCUAAUAGUUUGAGGGACGCCGAGGACCAGGGGCGGCAUGUUGGCGAGGCCGUAUCUAUAUUAGUGAGGGAGGCCGAGACGUUACGAAGGGAAGUGGGCGACGCCUACGCCAUGCCCCUCGACGGCGCCUGUUUGGGUUUGGCGCUGUGCCCCGACGUCAUUCGAAUGUCGUGUGACAACGGUGCCGCCUUCCGCGCCAAAGCUCUGGAGGGGGCGGUGCCGGCGAUCGCGUCGCUGCUCAAAACGUCUUCAGACUCAGCACGAGACCUGCGCAAGGCCGCAUCAGAAUCCCCGGAGGCACGUCUCCAAAAUAUCGCGGAAUUGAGAAGGCGGGCCGCCUGGACGUCAUUAUUGAUAAGGCACCCGUCAUCAGCGCAGUACUUCCAGGAGGAUGUAUCGGAGUGGCUCGGGGCCUGCCUCCAGGAUGCGCUCAGGGGUAUUAAGGGCGGGACGCGGCGUAUUAUAGCUCCGGACGCCGCCGGCGCGGCCCUCGUGGAAGCUCUGACGGAGGCGGGCGCGUCCGUCAACGAAGAUUUGUUGAUGCGCGCCUGCCAGCACGGCCGGUCGCGAACGGCCCUCGCGUUGCUGGACGCGGGCGCGUCCCUGAACACCGGAACUAAGUCCCUGGUCGGUGCCGCGAGGCGAGCCCGAUGCCACGCACUCGCCGACGAGCUCGAGAGGCGGGGCGCUUCAUCAGCUCCCGACGAUGGUGAAGCGUGGCCCGGUACUGGUGACGACCUGACGCCCUGGAGCUGGCUCCCCGAUUCUGAGUCUGAUGUAAAAUGGCUCUGCCGAAACCAGAUCCGAACGACGCCCGCGGUGCUGAACCACCUGCUGGCCUACGGCUGCCUGGACGCGGCGCGUUUGCUCAUAGUGGAGGGUCAUAUAGAUGUGAACCAGCGGGACGCUUCUGGGUUGGCGCCGCUCCACGUCGCUUGUGGUUUGCGAGCCUCGAGAUGGGGCUUCCUCUCGCCUGAGGAAGGAGACUGCGACGCGUGGGGGUCGGAUCAUGCGUAUGUGGAGGCGUCUUCCUCCUUAAAAUUCCCCCAUUCACCACCACCGCCGCGCUGCGGUGACGUGGGGAAGAGCUUUGCUCUGGUGCCGCCGCGCGAGGCCGCCUGUUUGUUACUAUUGGCGGCCGGCGCCGACCCCGACGCGUCGAGUCCGAUUGGCUCACCAUUGUUCAUCGCCCUGCGCGCCGCCGCAUCCAGUAAAGCGGACGCUUUGCGCUUACAGCGCGACCGAAUCCUGUGGUACGACUCCGACGGCGCCGCACAAGCCGCGAAGGGCUGGGCCGGAAGUAGUUAUGGAGCCCCCGAUCGAGUCGUCGACGCGAUCGUCGCCGCGCGGCACCCCGGUGUAACUGUGGCCCGGGCCACCGUGGAGGCCGCGGCCCGGCGCGGCCAUGACGCGUCCCUCAAGGCCGCCAAGGCCCUGGACUUAGCGUCGAAGGUGGCAUCGCACGGCAUCUCGCCCAUGACUAGAGCUGCGUUAGCCGAAACAAGCGCUUUAAAGUGCGUCAGAGCUUUACUGGACAAGGGCGCCGACGUCGAUAUGAGUAUAGAGGAAAGGUGGCCCACGGCCCUCUGCUGCGCCGCCGGCUCGGGGCAGUUCCAGGCCGUCCAGUUGUUGGUCGAGAACGGCGCGAAGACCGAGGGCGCUUUAGUUGCCGCGUGUGGUGGAUUUGUGCAGGACGCGCCCUCGGACACGAAUGUGGCGUCAGCAGAGGUGCGCGUCGCCGGGAAGACUUCUUCAAAGAAGUGCGUCGAGCUUUUACUGCGAGCUUGUAAAGAUGAAGGCGUCGAGCCGCCGCGAACGGCGGCGUUGAUCGGCGCCGCCGCGCACGGCGCUUUGGAUGCCGCCCGAGUCCUCUGCAAGGGCCUGGGCGGCACGUCCACAGUCAUCACGCCGGCUAUAGUGAGAGUGGAUCUGAGAGUCAAAAGAAACCCGUCGUGGGUCCAUGAAUGGGGUGAUCAUCAGAGACAGCACCCUCGGGUAGGUGCCGAAGGUUUGGUGAAAGCAUGGACCGACCUUGAUGGAGACAAGCGGGGGAGCUAUCCGCAAAUAAGACGGCCGGAAUUAAAUGAGCCCGGUUUGUGCGUCGUGCGCUGGGCCGAUCCCGUGAACGAACAGAUCUGUCGGAUCGGGUACGAGGACGAGUUUUGGCUCGUGGCCGCCGACGAGGAUCGAGUCCAAGUGCCGCCGGCGGUUGCUCAAGGUAUGAUAACGUCAUUGGCCGGGGCCUGCCGUGCGAACGACGCGGCGGCGGUGGCGUUGGCCGUAGAUUUGUUGGCGUUCGCCACGACCGAUAGGGGUGCUUCGCUCCUGAAGCGGCGUUCGGAGCGCGGCGCCGUCGCCUGCGCUGCCCUAUGUUGCUGCGCGGAUAACCGGGACGCGCUGUUGGCCGUAUCACGCUUACCAGCCGACGCCUGGACGACGUCCUCCUCUGUAGUAGUAGCGGCGCCACCUUCAAAUGACGCCUUGGACCUCCUGUCGCCCGAGAAGGGGAACGCUUCACCGGUGUGCGGGGACGCGCCCGCUGUUUCUGUGCCCACUCAAUGCUACCAGGACGCCCUCUUCAUCUGCUUGCGGGGCUCUCACGUCAAUUGCGCCGAGGAGGUGUUGACGCGCCUCGGGUGUUUACAAGGCGACGCCUACGCUAUCAGUAGGCCGGACAACUGGCGAAGGACCGCGCGGGAUCUGCUGGUUUCCCUAAAACCGUGCGAGGACCUCCAGAAACGGGUUAUGAUGGAGAUUGGCGAGGAUAUAACAAUAGAGGACGACGCCGCGAUGAUCGAAGCGGCGGCCCUCGGCGCGGCGAGAUACAUGCGGGACGCCCCGGCCAUCAUCAGGAAACGACGCAUUGAUGACAAGGCGCUGGUCGCUUCACUGAUCCGCGAGUGCGCCGACCCCGAGCGGCUGGACGCGCUCGUGGACGUGGCGCUCGCGAGCGGUUCGACGGUCAAGGCCGUCGUGAGCGGUGCGUUACACUUUCACGCGACGCGCGGCGCCGUCGACUCCCUAAAAGUGCUUGGAAGGCGUCUGUUAAGAGAGGACGCGGCCGAAUGUAGUAGAGAGGCCGCGGGCUGCUUGCGAGUAGCUUUGGAGAGGUGCGGCGGCGACGACGCCGGUUCGGCGGAAAUGUGCGCGCUCGCGAUCGGUCUCGGGGCGGACCCGGAUUCGGUGCAGUCAACUUUAUCAAUGAAUCAACAAGUCGAAGCGCGCUUCGAGGGCGGCGACGAGUGGUAUGGUGGCAAAAUUGUGGCAGUGCAUGACGGUUCCUACUCCAUCGAAUAUGACGACGGCGAUCGGGAAGACGACGUCCCGCCGUCUCUGAUUAGGUCCAACUCGUCAUCACCGUCUUUACUGUACGAAGCCGUCCGGCACCAUGCGCCUCGGACGGCGCGCGAGUUGUUGUUGGCUAGUUGUACGGAUGCCCCAUUCGCCGGUAAGACGUGCAAAGCCUGGAGCCAGCAACACGCGUCCACAAAACGCGUUUUCGAUAGAGCGUCGAGACGCCUUUGUGUGGACGCUCCUACGAGAGACGUCAGCACCUACCGUCAUCAUCAUGUGGAGGAUCCCUUGACCACAUUAGACAAGGAGAACACGGUGCCCAAGAAGCGGAAGAAGAAGAAGCCUUCUUCACCGGUCAAGCACCGCCUCCCCUUCGUCGCAAGGCGCUCCAAGGGCAACCCGCGGCCCUUCGGCGAAAAGGCGCCGGGGUUGGCGCCGCGACCGUCGCGGGGCAUGGACGCGAAAAGUCUGCUGGAGUGCACGUCCAUCCUCCAGGACGCGUUACUCAUUGGCGUAUCACCUGAAAAGCCGCCGCCUACACCCGUAGAAGAGGAGGAAGAAGUAGUCAAACCGGAAGAGCCGACGCUGCUUGGCGCGGAGCUCAACGUGCGGUUCUUGGAUUUGGACCCCGAGGCUGCAAUGCCGUCGUCAUCAAACGAAGCCGCGCGGAAACUUUUUGAGGACGUCCGGGGCAACGCUCCAACGAUAGCUAUUGACGACGCGGCCGACGCCCUCUCCAGUUCGACAUUACUGGACGAGGCGCUGCACGGGCCUAAAAAGCUGUGGGGCGGCGAGGAACCUGUAUCGAUCGACCUCGUGCGGCGCUUACUGAAGCGCGAGGCGUCCUCGUCAAAUGUUAGUCUGAGCGCGUUCCUGCGGACGCACCAGCGACUCGUAGGGGGCGCGUUUCCGUUGAAGGACGCGGACCUCGUGUUGUCGCUGUGCGUCGAAAUAAACGGGAGCGUCCAGGAGGUCUCUACGAGUUCCUUGGAGCAAGGCCGGGCCUUUAUGACGGAAGGACUCACACUACCUUCAGGAUUACAAGGCCGGGCGCGUUUUGUGGUCGCUCCUUCUCGAGAAGCGGAGUUUGCGAGAGCGACGUCGCGACCCUUCCUGAUCUCGGCGGAGCCGCCUCCAUGUCGGCGGUUGACGUUGGAGGUUCCCGACGAGGUCGACGCCGGCGAUGUGUUCAAAGUGGUCUGUGUGGCCUCUGAUGCGCGGGGCCGGGCCGUCCGUGGCGGGACUUGUGUCGUGCGCUGCGCCGGGCCGGCCGCCAAAGAAGUGGAAGCUACUUUUGACGAUGCGGGAACUGCCAAAGUGUCCAUCAAAUUACCAAGGGCCGGGACCUAUGCCGUCACUGGUGUUGUCGGGGCCGCGACGUCGUUCGAGCACUCGCUCGUCGUAUGUUCCGGCGUCAUUUCGAAGCUGAAGGUCAGCUUUGAUACGGCGCCAAAGGACGACGACGAGUUCGGGUUCCUGGAGGAAACCAAGACCGAUAUUGUGGCGGGCGACGCUUUGCCAUCAAUUAGAAUCGAGGCGCAGGACGCCUCAAACAAUCUCGUGAAGUACGCGGGGUCCUGCCUCGUGAAACUGAAGAGCAUUUCCCCCGGAAAGUGGCUCGGUGAGAAACUAGAGGACCCGGUCGCUUCCCUGGAAUUCGCGGACGGGAUCGCCCUGAUGGCAGAGCCGCCCAUGGCCGUAAAAGCGGGUUCGUAUGCCUGGGAGUGCGAAGUCAAGGACGUGACCACGAGAUCCGACGUCUUCGAAGUUAAACAUGGCCCGUGCGUCUCCUAUAAGCCUGUGGCGCCGCGCGUCGUCGACGUCGAUCAGGCGUGGGCCCUCAAGCUCGUGCCCUGCGACAGUUAUGGGAAUGUGUUGGACGGGUCCGAGGCGGCUAAAAUUGUAACGAGGGUCGUGGAGGAGGACACCAGUGCCCCCCUUCAAAGAACCGGUUUUAGGGUUGUCGAGAAGCGCCGCGACGGCCAGCUCAAGCUCCGCAAGAUCGUUGAGGAUGAAGAGGAGGAAGACUUUGCGUUCGAGGAUGUAAAACGGGGCGCGCGGAAGGCGUUUUCGUUCGAUGGCCCAUCUCUGUCGAGAGCGGGCUCAUAUGACGUCGUCGUCAAGACAAAGCUAGGUUCCAUCGUUGAGAAGCGGCGGUCGCUACUCGUGAUGCCCGGGGCACCUUCGAAAAUAGUGCUGAGCGUCGACGUGGACGAGGACUCGCCGAUAAAAGGCGACGAUUUACUAAGGUGCCGCGCCGUCGUGGUCGACAGUAGAGGCAACCCGUGCACAUCCUCCAAAUAUUGUAGUAGGGUGCAGUUUCGGUUAGCCGCUUUAAAACCCAUCAAGGACAACACACACGUCAUGGCCCACCUCCAGACGAAUUGGGAUCAUGACGAGCUCGAGGUUGAUCAAGGGACGGUCGAGUUCGAGGCCCGGCCGGCUUUAUCUGGCGUCUUUUGUGUGGUCGCCACGGGGUCCUUCGCCACCAAAGGUAGUCACGGAGACCAGGAGCUCGAGAGCGGCGUCUCGACGUCGUUCUGCGUCCUGAGCGGGCCGCCGCGGUCCCUCAAAUUCGAGCCGUUCCACGUCGUCAAUCAUUCCGCCAAUGUCUCGUUGACCUUGGUGGACGGCAACGACGAGCGCGCGCGCGUCGAUGGCGCGUAUGCGGUGCGGUUGGUGUUACUCAAGCCUGAUGAUUCUGAAGUGGACUGUGGGGAGCGGCCCGUCUUUCGCGGCGCGGUGGAGUUCUACGGCGUCGCCGUACCGGACGUUGCGGGCAAGUAUGUGUUCGAGGCCUUGCUCGUGAAGGGCGACGAGGAGAUAUCGCGGCGCGAGGCCGCCUUCCACGUGCAGGAGAAGAUACCGAGCGUCGACGAGUCGGUUCAAAGGCGCCUCGCGAUUCGCGCAAAGAAGAAGGCCUGCGAGGUGGCGCUGCGGAAUCUGCGGGUCGCCGCGGGCUGGACCGGCGGCCUGGACGCCAAGGCCUUGCGGCGGCCGCGCUUCAAGGUUGAUGUUAAGGAAGCACUCCCGAGGGGCGAGGAGGCCCUGGCGCGCGGCCGGCCCGCCCAGGACUGGAAGGUCGGGAACUGGCUUAAAGUAUUAGCGAAGUACGAGGUCGCCCUCGAGGAGCGCGUGACGCAGCUCGUGAAAGAUGAACGGGCCGCGCGGCUGGCGCCGACUCCCGCUCCCACGAGGCCGAGUCCGCGCGAGGAGUCGCCGACGCGCACUUACCGACGGAAGGCUUCGAAAGCGUGUGCGCAGGCCUGCGAGGGCAUCGUCGAGAAGCAGCUCGCUACCUUAGUCCAGGGCGGCGCGACCGCCGACGCCGACGAGGGCGCGCGCCUCUCAUCAAAAGUCGGGCCGGCGUUGCGUGCGUUAGUGAAGGCGCGGCGCGACCGGGACCAGGUGAAGCGACUCGAGGCCUACGACCGCGGCGAGGCGCGGCGGCUCGCGCGACGGGCGCUGGACGCCACUCGGGGGCGCCUCGAGGCCGUGCUUGACGCGCACUGCGCGCGCAAGCGGUCGUGGCGUUUGUUAAGUGUCGGGGACUACGACGUCGACGCCGAUGGCCCUGUCGAGCUGCUCCCGCGGCCCGAGGCGGCAGUACGGGCCAUUACGGAACGCAUCGCGACUGACUUAGCAAGCGCGGCGAACUUUGCCUGCCAGCGGCAGCGCAAGCGCCACGCCUACAAGCGGCUCGGCGACGUCUACUGCCGCGUCGUCGCGGGGGGCAACAUCGACGCGGCCGACGCGGCGGUCGUCGCCUUGCUGCGGGGCGCCGCCGCCAAGGCCUACGGCGCGCGCGCGGCCCAGCGCCGGGAUCCCGGCGUCGUGUCGCUGCGCGUCGAGCGCCAGGGCGCGCUCGUCGAGAUCGACGUGGCCCUGCGCGACGUGCGCGGCCUCGCGGACGACGCCGCGGCGUACCGCGCGCUGCUCGCCACGGCCGAGGAGGUCGAGGCGCCGGCGCCGGCUCAGGCGCUGUUCUCGCCGGUUCUUUCGCCGUCCCCCGCGGCGCCCGAGGCUCCGGUGCCGGCGAAUGCGCCCGCUCCGGCGGAGGAAGAGGAGGACCUGGACGUCCUCGAGGCCGUCUCCAUUCUCGUGGAAAAGGGCAAGCGGUCGCGGCGCGUCCUCGGCCCCGACCACCCGCUGACCGUCGAGGUCCUCGGGCAGCUGGAGCAGGCGCUGAGUCCCACGUCGCCGUUUUCGCCGUCGUCUCUCGCGCCGGCUCCUGCGCCGCCUUUGACGGUUGACGAUGUGUAAACUGUUCCUGUUGACUUUCGCGUCGCUGUCGGCGUUUGAAUUCGGUUUCUGGGGCGUGGGUUCUUGUGAGCUGUCUCCAGAGCUCUUACUGCACGGGUGCGCAAAGUGACGGGAGUCCUCUGUGGGGUCGGUGCGUCGGUGUCAUUUUUGGACUUGCAAACCCAGCGCGACGUUGCGGAUUCAGAGCCAAAAUUCACUGCCUUUUACCGUUUCUGACCGUGUUCUGAUCGUUCGUACCGAAACUUGUACAUAACUGCUCCCCGCUGCCGCGGCAGCGCUCCUCAUUUCACC